GGGCGGGACGAAGCCGAGGGCGGAGCGCUAGCCCGGGCGCUGGAGCUCUUGCGGCCGGAAGCCUUGCCCUGAGCCGCUAGGGAGAGACGGGAUUGAGACCCUUAUCAGUGAUAAGCAGUCAUGAGACUGUGGCUGAUUUAGUCUAGCAAAAUUUCCGGUUGGAACCUGCAUCCUUCAGACACAGACCCCAAAUGGCGCAGUGGGAGAUGUUGCAGAAUCUCAACAACCCAUUUCAGGAUCAGCUGCACCAGCUGUACUCAGAUAGCCUCCUGCCCGUGGACAUUCGACAGUACUUAGCUGUCUGGAUUGAAGACCAGAACUGGCAAGAGGCUGCACUGGGCAAUGAUGAUUCCAAGGCUAUCGUGCUGUUCUUCAACUUCUUGGACCAACUGAACAAUGAGUGUGGCCGCUGCAGUCAGGACCCUGAGCUCCUGUUACUACAGCACAACUUGCGAAAAUUCUCUCGGGACAUUCAGGGUCUUCCCCAGGGCCCUACCCAGUUGGCUGAGAUGAUCUUUAAUCUCCUUCUGGAAGAAAAAAGAAUUCUGAUCCAGGCUCAGAGGGCUCAGUUGGAGCAAGGAGAGCCAGUUCUCCAAGCACCCGCAGAGAGCCAGCAGCAUGAGAUUGAAUCCCGGAUCCUGGAAUUAAAGGCUAUGAUGGAGACACUGAAGAAAUCCAUCUGCCACCUGAAAGACCAGCAGGAUGUCUUCUGCUUCCGAUAUAAGAUCCAGGCCCAAGUGAAGACACUCUCUUUAGACCCCCAUCAGACGAGACAGCAGCAGCUUCUGCAGGAGACUCUCAAUGAACUGGACAAAAGGAGAAAGGAAGUGCUGGAUGCCAUCAAAGCAUUGCUAGGCCAGUUAACGACCCUCGUGGAGCUACUACUGCCCAAGUUGGAGGAAUGGAAAGUCCAACAGCAGAAAGCCUGCAUCGGAGCCCCUUCAGAUGGAGGGUUGGAACAGCUGGAGAAGUGGUUCACAGCUGGAGCCAAGCUGUUGUUUCACCUGCGCCAGCUGUUGAAGGAACUGAAGGGAUUGAGAUGCCUGGUUAGCUAUCAAAAUGACCCUCUGACCAGAGGGGUGGACCUGCGGGAGGCUCAGGUCAUGGAGUUGCUGCACCACCUUCUCCAAAGAGCCUUUGUGGUAGAAAUCCAGCCCUGCAUGCCCCAAACUCCCCAUCGACCCCUCAUCCUCAAGACUGGGACCAAGUUCACUGUCCAAACAAGGCUGCUGGUGAGACUCCAGGAAGGCAAUGAGUCACUGACUGCAGAAGUCUCCAUUGACAGGAAUCCUCCUCAAUCACAAAGCUUCCGGAAGUUCAACAUUCUAACCUCAAACCAGAAAACUUUGACUCCCGAGAAAGGGCAGAGUCAGGGCUUAAUUUGGGACUUCCGCUACCUGACUCUGGUGGAGCAACGUUCAGGUGGUUCAGGAAAGGGCUGCAAUAAGGGAAUGGUGGGUGUGACAGAGGAACUGCACAUUAUAAGCAUUACCGUCAAAUACACUUACCAGGGUCUGCAGGAGGAGCUGAAGACGGACACCCUCCCUGUGGUGAUUAUUUCUAACAUGAACCAAGUCUCCAUUGCCUGGGCCUCAGUUCUUUGGUUCAAUCUGCUUAGCUCAAACCCCCAGAAUCAGCAAUUCUUCUCCAGCCCCCCCAAGGCCCCCUGGAGCUUGCUGGGUCCUGCUCUCAGUUGGCAGUUCUCCUCCUACGUUGGCCGAGGCCUUGACCCAGACCAGCUGAGCAUGCUGAAGAACAAGCUGUUUGGGCAGAACUGUAGGACGGAGGGCGCAUUGUUAUCCUGGGCUGACUUCACUAAGCGAGAGAGCCCUCCUGGCAAGCUACCAUUCUGGACAUGGUUGGACAAAAUUCUGGAGCUCGUGCAUGACCACCUGAAGGAUCUCUGGAAUGAUGGAUGCAUCAUGGGCUUCGUGAGCCGGAGCCAGGAGCGCAAGCUGCUCAAGAAGACCAUGUCCGGCACCUUUUUACUGCGCUUCAGCGAAACAUCGGAAGGGGGCAUUACUUGUUCGUGGGUGGAACAUCAGGAUGACGACAGGGUGCUCAUCUACUCCGUGCAGCCUUUCACCAAGGACGUGCUGCAGUCUCUCCCACUGACUAAAAUCAUUCGCCACUACCAGCUGCUCACCGAGGAGAACAUCCCGGAGAACCCACUGCGCUUCCUCUACCCCCGAAUCCCCCGGGAUGAGGCUUUCGGCCGCUACUACCAAGAGAAAGUUAAUAUUGAAGAACGGAGGAAAUACCUGAAACAUAAGCUCAUCGUGGUCUCUAACAGACAGGUCGAUGAGCUACAGCAACUGCCAGACCUUAAGCUGGAGCCAGAGGCGGAGUCAUCUGAGCUGGAGUCGGGCCUGGCACCAUUGCUAGGGCAAGAAACAGGCCUGGAGUUAGGGCCACUGCUAGAGGCAGGCCUGGACCUGGGGCCAGCCCUCGAGCCCCUGCCAGAGCCUACACUAGACGUGGUACCAGGAAUGCCGGAGCCAAACGUGGGACCAGAGCUGAAGCUGGAGCCUCUUCUAGACCCUGUAUCCCAGGCAGUGCCAGAGCCAGAUUUGCCCCAUGACCUGAGACACUUGAACACUGACGAAAUGGAAAUCUUCAGAAACACUAUGAAGAUUGAAGAAAUCAUGACAAAUGGUGACCCUCUGUUUGCUGGACAGAACACCGUGGACGAGGCUUACGUUUUCCACCCCAGCCAUUUCCACACGGAUGGGCCCUUGAUACCUUCUGACUACUAGGAACAACAUUUCCUCUGUUCUUCCUGUAUCUUUUGUCCCUUCUACCCCGCACAUCACAGUGUUGCUCUCCAAGGAUGGAAAACCUGUUCCAAGCUGGUUAACUCUGGCAUUGGGAGUGGGAAGUAAAGGCAGACUAUGGAUAAGGAAGGGGCACCAAGGAACCAGAAGAGAUGUUAGCUAUGGCUCUAACUAGGAUCUUUGAGGCCAGCUGCUGUUUGGGGAGGUACCGGAGUUCUGAGGGUAGGCCAGCACAGUUAGGUGGUGUUGAGGAGGCUCAGGCACUUGGAGUGGCUUCUUUCCAGUAAAGGAGGAUGUCAACAUUUGAAUAGUUGGUAAGGCUAAUGUGGUGGUGCCCACUAGCAUUGGCCAUCCUUAGGGAACAGAGACAUGUGAUAGGAUUCCAUUUCUCUCUUCUGGUUCUUUCAUAUCUAGAAUAACCUUUUUCUUCCUUCUCCCCCUCACUCCUGAUUCAAGGCCUAAAUUCCUUUGUUUUCUGCCGUGACUGAGAGCUUCCUGCUUCAGCCCACCAUGCAAAGCUCCCCUCAGCAGAAGGGAAUAGGAGAUAAACGUCCCCUGCGUACCAGUGUCUUCCCCUGCCCCCUAAGCUGGCCACACCCGUUCCUUCCCCUAAAAUGAUCCUGCCAAUCUAAUAUUCUGUGAAGCUUUGCACAAUAAUUUACUCCGUUUAGUCUCCACUUCCUCAGUGCUUAGGAGACAUAUCACUCUUGGAGGCCAGGGAUGGUAGGGUGGCUGAGAAUUUAGGGAUCACUUUUUAUAGUAUUAGAUAGAAUUUGGUAUUUUUACAGAGGAAGAGAAGCCCUGGGUCUUAGAUAUUUCUCUGUUAAGAUAACCAUUUGUUCCUUUGUACAAUAUAUUGCUUAUCUGAAAGGAGAGUUUCUAUUCCUUGGGUGUGGACCUGGGCAAAAACCACGUUUCCCGAACUUAGAACUUUGAAUGUUUAUCAUUGGCUUCCAGACAGUCUCACACGUUAGUCAUUCCCAGGGAAUCCCAGGACAAUUGCUGUUUUUUUUUUCUAGUAUGACUUGAGAUGGAAUGAAAGUGAGGCCCUGUACGUAUGGCUGUUUUCUGGCUGGUAUGUUAGAGUAAUCAGCCUCUUCAGAAAGAGGCCCUUCUUAGCAGAAAUGGCUAAUAAACUUUGUGCUGACCUACAA